UUGAAGUGAAAACUGUGUAACCAAGUGGAUGUGCCUGUACAGUGUCACGGUAGGCUGCAGGCUUUGAGCCUGUGUGCAGAUUUCUAAUGAUUUAUCAAACAGAUGUUUGACGAGACAAGCCAACUCUGAAGUGCUUUUUUCUUCACUGUUGGUCGUUAAAUUUCUCGCAGGUGUUUUCUGGGCACCCCUUUGGGCUUCUAUUAAUGGCACGAACUGAAUCCAAAAAAUUGUAUGCUGAUAAUGUUUUUAUUAAAAUGUAGUUUCACCGGUUAUGGGUGGUAUUGAAGUUCGUAGGUUAUUGACAGCAAAGCUUUUUGUAAUUUUGGUUCGUUGACCUUUUGUAGUAUUGUAUUUUACAGGCUGUAGAUUCAGUGUAAAACGUGACACAGAUUAGUGUACGUUUGCUGCCAGACAAAAAAAAAAUUGUUAAAGGUGUAGCAGGCUCCCGUGCCGUCGCAAGGUCUCGCCAUCUCCGAUGGUAAGAGGUAGGGUGUGUUCCCGGGCACGCCGCUACUAGGCUACCCCUCCCCCCAAUCGGCCGGACCGGACCACUGCCACUCGCUCGCUCGCCUGCCCGCCCCACUCUGCCGUAGUCGUGACCCUCGCAACAUAAUGUCCUCCACCAUGAGAACUACGCUUCAGACUGUGCCUGAAUCCCUGCCCGCCGACCACGUGAGCAACGCGAAGACCAAGUGAUCGCCGCGCCCAGCGAGUGUGCUGAAAGGACUCUUCCGGGCGCCCGGCUGCUUUUUCGGAGCGUGGGACCGUUGGCCGCGGAGUGAAAGUCCCGAGUGAGCGCAGUGCGCGGUUGCGAUGUCGGCGCUGCAGAAGCUGAAAGAGCGCAGGCGCGAGGCGGCGGAGCAGGCGCACCCGCCGCCGCCGCCGCCGCAGCUCCGCCUCCCGUGGGGGCGGGACAAGCUGCCUCUGUGCCGCCCCGCGCCCGGCGAGGAGAGGCCAGAGGCCCGCGAGGAGGUGGACCACCUGAAGAUCAUAUCGAAGCAGCUGGAGAUCCUGGAGCAAGGACAGCUGCAGCUGCAGCCGCUGCACCUGGACGUGGACGAAGACGACCAGCCCAUCGUCCUGCGGCGGCCGGCGGCGGACGCGGCGGGCGCUCCCCCCAGCCGCCGGUCGUCGGACGUGCGCGCCGACAGCGGCACGCCGCCCCUGCAGCGAGGCGCGCCGGCGCGCAGCAGCGUGGGCGCAGAGCUGCCGCCCGCCCCCGGCCAGGGGCGGCGCACCUGGGGGCGGGCGCAGCGCCGCGCGCCCUCGCCCUCGCCCUCGCCGGCGCUCGCCUCGCCUCGCGCCCGCAAGCCCGUCGAGGGUGGUGAAACUGCAUCCUCCACGGUGAGAGUGUCAUCUUCCAGAAGCCGGACUUCAGACGAGCCACACAUUGGCAAGUACAAACUGUUGAAGACUAUUGGCAAGGGCAACUUUGCGAAAGUGAAGCUUGCGAAACACGUGCCAACAGGGAAAGAGGUUGCAAUAAAAAUUAUAGACAAAACACAGCUUAACCCUGGUAGCCUGCAGAAGCUUUUUAGAGAAGUUAGGAUAAUGAAAAUGUUGGACCAUCCAAACAUAGUGAAAUUGUUUCAAGUGAUUGAAACUGAAAAGACACUGUACUUAGUGAUGGAGUACGCGAGUGGUGGGGAAGUGUUUGACUAUUUAGUCUUGCAUGGCCGAAUGAAAGAGAAAGAAGCGAGGGCGAAAUUCCGACAGAUUGUGUCUGCUGUUCAGUAUUGUCAUCAGAAGAAAAUCAUUCACAGAGAUCUAAAGGCUGAAAAUUUGUUGUUGGAUAGCGAAAUGAACAUCAAAAUUGCGGAUUUUGGGUUCAGCAACGAGUUCACGCCUGGUAACAAGCUCGACACGUUCUGCGGGAGUCCUCCGUAUGCGGCACCCGAGCUCUUUCAAGGGAAGAAGUACGACGGCCCAGAGGUGGACGUGUGGUCGCUGGGGGUGAUCCUGUACACCCUGGUCAGCGGCUCGCUCCCCUUCGACGGCUCCACGCUGCGGGAGCUGAGGGAGCGAGUGCUGAGGGGCAAAUACCGGAUACCCUUCUACAUGUCCACGGACUGCGAGAACCUCCUCAAGAAGUUCCUGGUGCUGAAUCCCGCGAAACGAGCUUCCCUCGAGAACAUAAUGAAGGACAAAUGGAUGAACAUGGGGUAUGAAGAAGACGAACUGAAACCAUAUGUGGAGCCGGAACCAGACUACAAGGAUUUGAAGAGGAUAGAAGCUCUAGUCAGCAUGGGCUACAAUAGGAGUGAAAUAGAAGACAGUCUGGCGAACGCAAAGUAUGACGACGUGUUUGCCACAUACCUCUUGCUCGGAAGAAAAUCUUCGGAUCCGGAGAGCGACGGCUCGAGGUCGGGCAGCUCGUUGUCGCUGCGCAACAUCCCGCCGGCCGCGACUUCCGGCAGCGCCCAGUCGCCCUCGCACGGCCACAGAGGGGUCCACCGCUCCAUCUCCGCGACCAACGCCAAGCCCAGCCGGCGAGCGUCCUCGGGGGGCGAAACCUUGCGAGUACCGUCGGGCACUCCGAAUGCCACGAACCACAACCACACGCCAGCGAGCAAUUUCAAACGGCAAAACACCGUUGAUGCUGCCACCAUCAAGGAGAACACUGCCAGGAUCAGCAUCAACUCGGCAGUGGCGGGUGUGCGGCCUGCCACCGCGAAGAACGCUGCCAACAUUCCCAUACUUGAUACGAGUGUUGGCAGCAGCGCCAGCCCGGGCGCGGGCAAGCCGCGGGUCGCCAAGUCCAACACGAUGUCGGGCAACCGGGCCCUGACGCCGGGCGGCUCGGUGGGUCGCCGCAACACGCUCAGCUACGACGCCAAGGCCGCGUCCAACGAGAAGACCAACGCUGCCGGCGACGCGUCGACUGUUGUGGGCGUCGCGGAGGGGCUGACCGGCCGCUCGGCCAAGGGCCAUGUCAAGUCUGCGUCCAUCUCGACUGCGGGCCGCUCGGAGCAUCCGGCCCUAGAAACCCCUAUAGACCCUCUCAGGCAAAGCGUCGCGGGCGGAAGGGGCCCGCCGGCGUCGCCCGCCGUCAGCAACCGGCAGCAGCCGUUCCCGCGCAACGUGCCGAGCCGCUCGACGUUCCACAGCGGCCAGAAUCGGCAGCGCAACCACGCCCCCUCGUACGGCCCCGCCUCGCCCCUGCAGUCCCAGGACACGUCCGCCAUCAGCCACCCGGGCAGGACCUCCUUCUUCUCCAAGCUCUCCUCCCGGUUCUCCAAGCGACCUCUGGACCCGGUCCCUAAACAUUUAGUUGGUGGUACAGUCAAUGAUGAUCAAGUGAAGCCUCGUUCGUUGAGAUUCACGUGGAGUAUGAAGACAACAUCGUCUCGAGAUCCCAACGAGAUUAUGUCUGAAAUCAGGAAGGUUCUGGACGCCAACAACUGCGACUACGAGCAGCGGGAGAGGUUCCUGCUCCUGUGCGUGCACGGCGACCCCAACACGGACUCGCUGGUCCAGUGGGAGAUAGAAGUGUGCAAGCUGCCGCGCCUGUCGCUGAACGGCGUGCGCUUCAAGCGUAUCUCCGGCACCUCGAUCGGCUUCAAGAACAUCGCGUCGAAGAUAGCGAACGAGCUGAAGCUGUGACUACCCGUGCUGGAGGGGGCGUGCUGCGACGACGACGAGGGGAGCGGGCCCCCUCCCGCCCCGGCCCCCCCGCGCGGCUGACGCUGGGGGCUCGGCCCCCUGCGGCCGUGGAGGUUCCGGCGGUGAUCUGCGAACUCUUAUGUCCUCGGAUGUGUCUCUUCACGGUUUCUGCUGUGAUCCACUAGAAGUUGUUCUCUUCCGCAUUUCUCUCCCGCCGCACGUUUAUCGACCAUCGCUUUGCGUUGCAGGGUUUUCACUUGCGUUCCGAAAUGGUCCCAGCCGACACUGCACCGAUCCCGAUCUUGGAAAUUAGCGUCUAGGAGAGCUUGUUCGAUCCGAUUAAAUUACGCACUUUUUGCAGUAACCAUCGCAAUUUAUUUCAUGGCUGUUUGUGAUAAUUUGCAGCUGUACUUUAUCAUUUGACACAUUUGCAAGUUGCAAGUAUUGAAUAUGUUGAAAACUGAUUGGUAUCGUUUCAAUAGAGUGAAAUGUUCGUAUCUGACAUGUCUCCCGGAUAAAGACUAACAGCAUUGUUAAUGUUGGUUCGUGUAUUGUAUAACCUGUCACUUACUGAAGAAUUUUUUAUUAGCCUGAUAUUUUGUAGGGUACGUACUUGAUUGUUAAUAAUCUCUUGUAAUUUUGAAAUGUUAAAUUAUCAACUGAGCUGGCAAAUUUAUUAAUUGGGCACUAAUGUUGAUGGUUUUGAUGUUUCUAUUACAUUAGAUUAUAGUGUCCGUAAAUAAACUGUUAAUAUUAUUUCUAAGGGAGAGAAUUGUUGAUUACAUGACCAUCACUGGAAGAUAAUCGAAACACUUCCGCACUGGAAAUGACCAGCCCAACGUGCUCAGUACAGCUUUUUUUAUUCACCCAUGUGUAGAUAUAAACUUGCUUCCUUGCUUCCAGUAAACGUUGUAAAUCAUUGUAUAAAACGUUGCCUCAUCCUGAAGAACAGUGCAAAAUCUUAUACUAUUUAUCUUUUCUGUUAAUGUUGUUUCUAUUAAUUUUCUGUGUAUCUUGUGGAUUCAUCCCCUGUUAAUAAUUGUUUCUACAAACUGCCAAGAUGUGGUAUACUUUCGUUUCAACUCUUCAGAUUCAUAGAAUUAAAGGCAAUGCAAAACUAGAUUGAAUCUUUUGAAAUAUUGACUACUUUUUGGUACUAAAUAAAAUACAUUUAAUAUAUUUCCUGGAUGUUUAAUUUUUCACUUACAAGUUGUAUUCAUACUUAAUGCCAAUUGUUAUUAAGCGAAAUAGAAUAGCACAUUUUGUGCCAACGCCUAAACAUUCAGAAAAGAAUCGUACUUAAUUUUUUUACAGUUAAACUGACGUGAAAAUAAAAAUAAUGUAAGCAUAUACUAAUUGAAAGGAAACACUUUUAUAAUACUGUAAUUGAUUCAUGUUUGUAAUUUAAUAUAUGGUUGUAGAAUAUUUUAUAAAAACCAUAUUGCACUCUAAUAUGUAUGAAAAAGGCUAUGAUCGAUAAUACACAGUUCCUUCUAUCUGCAUACCGUGAUAGUUAAGUGUACUGCAUUUCACUUUUUUCUGUUUUAUUUGGUAUGUCAUAAUUCUUAAAACGAGGUUAAUGUUGCAGACUCAAAAAAUUUCUUUCGAUAUGUAGAACGGACUUCAAUAAUGUAUGGAAACAACAGUGUAAAGUCAGACUCUGUAACUUAUCUCAGUUUUGACAUUUUAAAAGAGUAGUUGCUGUCGUAGCCAUUUCCUGAACGUCACUUGCAAAGCAACACAUGAUUUUAUUUACAAACAUUAAAAACCACGUGAAGUUAACACACUGUCAACAUAACAACCUUGGCUAAAGGAUAAAUAGACCAUACACUACUUUUGAGAAAUGUCAAAUUUGAGACUAGCAUGAGAGACAGACUAUAACAUCUAACUUUUGUUUGUAUUGGCGAGACUUGUGUGUGAUUUAAAGUUUCGAACUGUGUACAUUUGGAACUCUGAAACUUGUGUUUUUGUACAUUUAUUUUGUUCUCUUGUAGUUAGAUUCAAAAUUUAAUAUUGAUAAUUAAUAAUUUGUAUCUUUUUAUUUAUGUUGGUGAGAAUGUUUGAGUACUUGCCAAGGGCUAGAAGUUUAAUUUAUAUUUUGUAUUUUUAAACACAUUUAAAUUUAAUUAUAAAAAAAUUUUUAUUUGUAAAUAUUAUAAUGAAUAUUCAGGAUUUAGGAAAUUGAAUUCUACAUAGUAAGAAACACCAUGAGAGCAAAUUGCUUAUAUUUUGCACAUUUUUUGUAUGAGUAAUUGAAAGAGACAUUGUAAAUAAUUUUGUUUUAAAAUAUAUCUCAACUUGCAUAAUUAUUAUUUACAAGAAAAUGUUGGUUUAAAAAACUGAAUCUUGGAGCAAUGUGGAGAAUGUACCAUAUAUAAAUAUUUUAGAAUAAUUUUGUGGCAUAAUGUACCGUAUUUGUAAAUUCGCAGAAAAGAAAUAUUCAUUGGUAUGGGAAAAGCUUGUUGCUUCAAGUCUUAUGCUAUCAAAUUUUUUGUCAUAGUUUUUUUUUGUAUGUGUUGUGCAAUUGUCAGUUAAGUUAUUACUUUAUUUUUCGUUGUACAUCUCAAUGGAAGAAGGAUGUUAGAAUUGGCAGUGUGUUAGAAAUGCCUAUCAAAUAGGUGUGUGCUGUGUAAAUUGUGCCCAAACAGUUAUGUAUAGCAUAUUUUUAAACAUGUAGUAUCAUUAUGUCCGAAUAACAAAAAAUUUUCCAAGUAAUUAAAAAAAAAAAACUGACGGAUCCAUGCUCUUGUGAAAUAAGCUGACGAGAUUGGUUUGAUUUGAGAUCAUAUUAAAGGAAGUGAUUACAUUUGAAUAAAUAAGUUGUAUUUUCUUGUAACGGUGAUGACUUAUUUAAUGUUCAGUGGUGAGCCCAAAAACAGUGUCGUCUUGAGAGUUAAGACAAUUGUGUGGUUGCAUAAUGGGUUUCAAUUACAUAGUAAUUUUUACAGCUAGUGUCGCAGAUGAGUGCAUGUUUUUUGUGUGGAUGCGUGCAAUGGGAGUGAUUUUGCGAUUGCUGUAACAACGUGCGAAAGCUGUCCGGUAACACAGACGAAAGUGUGAUUUUGUCCUCUAGUGCUUGUGUAAGCGCAAGGGCAAGAGUUACGAACCAACUGUGUGGCGUGUUGGAAGAAAGUUUGAUCUCCGAGUUUUCAGUGUAAUGAUUUCCUCUACCUUCAUAACUUCAAUUGUUUUUUUCCCCCCUCGUGUUGAUAGAGAUAAUUCUGUGUAAUAUAUUGUUUAUUUUUUUUUUCUUUUAGCACAUACUGCCUGUCUGCAAAGAGAAGUUAAAAUGACGCAAGUCUGUUGUAGGUGAAUAAUAAUAAUUCUAACAACAACCAAUUGAGUGUCUCCUGGCUUGAAGCUCUGUAUUCGUUCAGAUAUAUUAUUUUCACUGUGGUGGCAGUUAAGGAUGUAGUUUUACAUGGAUUUAUUAUAAAAGUAACAUAACCCAUGCUUUUUCACAGACACAUCUUGGUCUCAGUUUGUAAUAAAUUUUGUAAUGGUUUUGUUAGAUAACCAUGAGAAAAUGGUACACUUCGUAAUGACAUUUAGAAGUUACUAUUUUUGUUUUUUUUUUGUUUUCAUAAGCAACUACACCACCAUUUACUAUAGAUUAGAGUAUAAAAUUCAUUCCUUUGUAAAUACUAUAUAAUGUGUUGAGUACAUGUUCUGAAAAUACUUGUUUAUAUGUGUGUAUCAUUCCCCCUCCCCCUUUGUUUGAAUAUCUGGGCUAGGGUACAAUACAAGGACCUGUGAGAUAGUGCAGUGACUAACGCCAUUGCAUUCUCAUGUACUCUGGUUUACUUUUUUGAGGUCCUUCCUUAUUUUAUUUUAUUAAAAUUCCAUAAAUCUGAAAUGUUUUACACUUAAAUAUAUAACAUGCAUUUUC